AUGGAUUUCUCUAAGGAAAAUAACUUAGAAUCGUCAGGAGUUUAUGAACUUAUUACAAAAUUGUGUGAGAGAACUGCUACAAAAUAUUGCUUUCAAAACCGAUUGUCCCAAAAGCUUCUAACUGCAAAGUUAAGAUCACAGGCAUACGAAAUCAUUUUGAAAAAGUCUUAUUCUGAAGAUUCAAGUCGGAGAUCAGAUCCAAUUGUAGAUUUGUUAUCACACAACUUUAUUUCUGAACAAAAUGUAAAAAAUGUUGCUGAAUAUAAGAGAUGUGUUGAUUUAAAAAAAUGUAUAAGUACUUUGCGCAGCACAGAUUAUGGAGAUAAAAAAGAACAUAUAAAUAAUGUUUUGAAAUUUUUAAUUGAAUUAAGGAACUCUUCAAAACAAGAUCUUUCAGCUGAGAUGUUUCAAAAUCCUUUUACAUUUGGACUUUUGAAUGAAAUGCUCCCAAAACCAGCACAGGAGAUUUUUGGGUCUCCUCAACCAUAUGCAUAUUUUCCUGAUUUUAUAUUUGAGCUUCCAUAUUCAUUAAAAAAUCAAGAUAAUACAUUGAAUGAAUAUAACUCUUUGUGCUAUACACAAUAUACAGUCAAAAGUUUUGAUUCAAGGGCUAAUUUAAUAGAUAAUAAAUCUCCAAGUCCAAUGGAUGUGAAAAGUAUUCAAAGCCUAAGUUCAUUGCCAUCAAUGACAUCAGUGGUUACUCCAUAUGGAAGUACAUUUAAUUUUCCUAGACUGACAGUACCAAGAGAUCUUCAAAUACCUCUCUCAUCCCAAUCUACAAAUGUGAAUGUAAAGGUUUCUCUUGUUGGUACAAGUGACUCUGACAUUUAUGAAGUUUUCAGAUCAAAAUCUAAUGAAUCAAUAGACAUAUGGGAGUUAGCCUCGCAGGUAGAUAAGCAAAUACCCGAGGAUAUUUGGGAUGUUGUUUCCAAGAUGCCACUAGUUAAUGAGAGGCAGUUAAUAGCAGGUUCUACAAGAGAAAUGAAACUUUGGAGAGAGCUAUAUGGAAAUGAAUUGUCUGAUCUUAGUGUUAUAUCUGAGAAACAAUUUAUAAGGCAUACCAUGUAUCUCAUAAUUGGUAUAGAAACAAAAUCUUUUCCUUUUUGUGUGGAAUCAAAUUGUUUUUUCAUGAAAGAUGAUAUCAUUUUGGAGGCCAUAUCAAAGGAAACCCUAAAGGGAUACAUAUCACCGUUGCUUCUUGUUGGUACUUAUUACAGGCGGCUUUACACUUUUGCCUUUAACCUCAUUGUUGAUGAUCAUUUUCAUAGCAAAGGACUUGUUUUUGAGGCAGCAAGAGAAAUCAUAAGGAGGUACUUAUUAGAAUUUCGACUGAAAGCCACAAAGAUUUAUGAAGAAUGUUUUAAAAUUACUUCUCAAGACUUAAAUGUUAUGCCGACAUUACUGCAAAUAUUAUAUCACAUGGAACCACUGAAGUACGAGAUCGAAACUAUUGCUUCUAUAUACAAGAUGGUUGACACUGAUUCAGUGAUAAUACCACAGGGCGCAGAGUUAAUGUCAUACCUCUUCAACGAGAUAUCGCUGGUGACGCAUAAACAAACCGCUCUAACGUUAUUUGACUCUCUAUUUUGUUUAUGCAGAGUAUAUUUCAAAUUUAUCGAACGUUUCAUAUUCGAAGGGGAAUUAGAUGAUAUAUUCAACGAGUUUUUCAUAAGAAAGGACAAUCAGUACGUGAAUUCUCGAACGAAACGAUACUGGGAUAAGGGUUUUCACAUAACUUUGACGUGUGCUGUUCCUGCGUUUUUACGGCCUUUGGCUUCCUUUAUACUGUUAUGUGGAAAAUCAUUAAGAUUGCUCAAGCUCUGCAAUCCUAGUGAUCCACUAGUACUACUAAUAUCAUCCGACCAUCCGUCUGUCCAUUGCUGUGCAUCCUUCGAGGAACUGGAACGUCAACAGCAACUAUUAGAUGUAUACAGAACAAGAUGUCUGUUUGUCAGUGGAGAACCAGUCACAUUUGAACAGAUACUGCUAAAGAGAGAGGCUGAGAAGAAGGCUUUCGCUGAAAUGGCUUCUUUGAAACAGGCUGAGACUAUAGAGAAGAUUGUUGCGGAACGAAAAAGAUUAGCCCAAUUGAUAAUAGCGGAAAAACAACAUUCACUGAGAGUUCUAGAAGCAGCCAUCGCUGAGGCGAAAGCGGCUAAGAAUAAGUCAAAGAAACGGGAGCGAAAGCUUUGUCAGCUGGAAGAGAACUUGGAUAAAACUACGGAGGAAGUAGAUUCCAAAUUAAAGGAUAAGGAAAGGAGUAAAAUAAUGGAAUACUAUUCAAAACUAAACAUGGAAGUAGAGAAGAGUAAAAUACAUACAGAAUGGAAAAUAAAACGCUUACAAUUAGACCAAAGUCGUAUACAACUUCUUUCGACAGAGGAAAGAAAUUUGAAACGAGAAAAAUUAGAAUUAGAGCAUCAACAAAAUGAGUCUAUAAUGGCUAUGUCCAUACAAAGCGAUUUUAAAUCUGAGGACGAUUUAGAUAAUGUCGAUAAUAAUAAUGGAGAAGAAGAAAGUAAAACAACCGAUUCAACGCCAUCCACAGACAUUGCAGAAGAAGUUCCAGAUAUUACAGAACUAGGUAGAAACAAACAGAAGGCCCAGGCUUCAAGUGAUGUAUUUAGCGCUAUAUGUAACGUAGCUAAAAGUAUAUUUGGUACGAAACCAAAAGAAAAAUCUCCAUGUGAUAAUAACGUUGAAAUGGACACCCAAGGAAAUAUAAUUAACAAAGUGAAGUGUAAAAUGGAAACUGAAACGUCUAAUGACAUCAUCGGCGCAAAUUUAAACAACACGUUCGACAAUAUACAUUUUCUAGAAAACAGACAGGACGCUUUAAAGAAUAAGCACAAAGUUAUGGCGCACGAAUUCGGUCAAACUGAUAGCGAGAAUAAUAAAAUUAAAGACCUGCCACUAGUUAAGACGUCGUCUAUUGAUUCAGAGAACAAUAUUGAAGAAGAAUGGGCAUUCGCUGAAGCAAGGAAGAAUAAACUGAAAGUUUUGGGUGCGGAAUUCGGUAAUGUUAAACCAGAAGUUAAGGAAAUUCACGAACCUAUAACAGAAGCUCAAAGAGAAGCUUUGAUAAAUAAACAAAAAGUGUUAGGUGUAGAAUAUAACCUGCCGUUAGAGAGAUUUGCUAAGAAAGAACCAGCAAAUGUAGCCCAGGAAGAGGCUAUACGAAAUAAAAGCAAAGUUCUAGGCUCUGACUAUGAUAUUAACGUGAAAAGUACCAAGUUUGAUUCUUCAAGGAAGUCCAGUUUACGGCUGAAUUUAAAACCGUACAGUGAUACUUCCAUUGGUACUAAAACUGUCACAACACCUAAUGCUGGGGCGAUAACUCCGGGUGAACUUUUUCCGGGGCUGGAUUUAGAAACUCCAACGACAGCAGAAAUGCCUGUCGAAGGCGCAGUCACUUGUGACAUAUUCACACCUCAUAGUGAAGGCAAAGAUUUAGACUCGGCCAAAAUAAAACCUGAUAAGGAAUUUCUCACAUCUGAUGGAUUCAAUUUCUCAAUUAUCGUGGACGACGAAACUGCCGUCACAGAUGCCAUUAGUGACAUACAAACAGAUAUUAGUUUAGAAAAUUCACCAUCAAAAAGCGCAGAUUAUUGCGAUCUUCCUAUAACAAAUAAAACUUCACUUUUUAAUAUAUUGGACGGUUCAUAUAAUUUGGACUCUUUCGAUCCAUUUGGUGUGAAAAAUCUUGGGACGUAUUCAAAAGAUUAUUUCAAUAAUAAAAUUAAUGAGACAUGUUCGUUUUAUACACAUCCAGCCAUUACUAUAGAGGAAGUUCAGAAAAAGCCAUAUAAUAAUAUAUUUGUGCAUUCCAACAAGAAAGUGGAAGAUAAAAUAUCUUGUGAUAAUAUAGCAACACUAACGGCGUGUUUGCAAAGAUCCGUAAUGUUGCCAUUAACAUAUCAGUUGGAGGUUGUGAAUAAUUCUAUUUUAAUACAUUUCCUAGUUAAUCUAGACAUGUACGAACAUUUGAGAAGUUUAAAAGAUUAUUUUUUUCUUAUGGACGGAGAAUUUUCAAGAAGCAUAUGCCAUAAUUUAUUUGCUAAAUUAACGAAAACGUUGAAUCCGCAGGAGCUGCUGAAUUUUGCGACUUUGCAUAAUAUUCUGGAUAAAGCCCUCGGUUCAUCUAUUUCUCAUGUACACAAAUUUUCUGAAAACUUAUCAUUUACAAUCACGGAAUCACCAUUAAGUUUUCAACACAGCUCACCAGAUGUAUUACAGUGUCUCUCGCUCACUUACUCUGUGAGUUGGCCAUUGAAUAUUAUAUUAUCUCAAGAAGCAUUGCUGAGAUAUGCCAAAGUAUUCCAAUUUCUUAUAAAAAUGAGACGGAUAUUUUGGGUUUUAAGUGAAGAUUUUCAGGCCUUAAAACUUUUAGUAAAGUUAUCAAAGGACCACUCGAGAAAAAUUCUUAAGUCACCACAAUACAUAUCGGUGCAGAUAUAUAGGCAUGUAAUGGCGUCGUUGAUACGUGCGUUGGACAAUUAUAUAGUAACUACGUGCAUUCUCACCUCUUGGACGGAGUUUGAAAAGGAUUUAAAGAAAGCAAGGACUUUGGAUGAUUUGUACGAAUGUCAUGUUGUGUACAUAAAAAAAGUUCUCUUCAGAUGCCUUUUAAAUAACAGAUCUACGCCUGUUAUGAAACUGUUGAAUGAUAUAUUUACUGUGAUAUUGAAAUUUAGUCGCGUUUUAAAGGCUGGGGAAUGGCAACAACAGGAAGCGAACGGUUGCUUCACACACACGAAUUUCGCCCAACUCGAUGAAUUGUUCCAUUUAUUCGAGAAACUUGCAAAAUAUCUACACAAAGUCGUUAAUAAACUUAUGGAAUGUGGAUAUCAAAGGCAUUUAGUUGAAUUAUUGACCAUGGUUAAUCUGAAUGGAUAUUAUGAUCCGGACAGAUCUAAGGAAGACACUAACAUCAGCUUACAGUCUGCA